UUCAGAUCUGAUGUUCAGCUCAAAAGUUCAGCGGAAGAAAAGGAAGAUCUGCAGGCAUUAUUUGAGCUGUGAAUGGGUGAAGCACCAUGGCGAAUGUUAAACAGCUGCUCGACAACUCAUUGAAUGAACUGUUAAAAGCUGAUCUAACGAGGUUUCAGUGGUACUUAGUGAAUGACCAUAAUGAGAUUUCAAAAGCUGAAAUGGAGAAUGCAGACAGGUUGGAUACCGUGGAUAAGUUGGUGUCAUGUUUUGGACCAGAAGGAGCUGUGAAGAUCACAGUGGACACCCUGAGGAAAAUCAAGCAGAAUAAAUUGGCUGAAGAUCUGGAGAAUACACAGAAGCAAGGUCAGACGAGCAGCAGUGCUCAAACUGCAUUCAGUACUGACGUGAAAGCUGAUUCAGGAGUAGUUGUAAAUGCUCCUGUACUCACUGGAAACAUCACCACAGGCCCAGUGAAUUUCAACAACAGCUUGAACCCUGCAGGAACCGGUGCACCUUCAGAUAGCUGUACAUCCCCUCCUGUUGAUUACACAAACACCAGCCGUGAACUAAAGAAGAACUUAAAGGAGGACUAUAAGCAGAUAUUGAUUGGUAAUUCACAGAUAGGUCGUAAGAAGAAGCUGGAUGAUAUUUACACUGAUCUAUAUGUGGUGGAGAACGAGACUGGAGGAAGAGAGAAUGACCAUGAGGUGAUACAGAUAGAGUCAAAACACAACCAACAGACAGCCAAGGAUAAACCACUCAAGUGUAACGACAUGUUUAAAGUUCAGCCUGACACAGGUGAACAAAACAGAAGAGUCCUGACACUGGGGAUUGCAGGAGUGGGAAAGACUGUCUCUGUUAAUAAAUUCAUCCUUGACUGGGCUGAAGAAAAAGACAAUCAGGAAAUAGUCUUCAUAUUUCCACUGCCGUUCCGUAGACUGAAUCUGAUUAAAGAAAAAAAGUACAGUCUCAUAGGUCUGCUUAACAAGUACUUCUUUGGCAGUGGAGGACUGAGCUCUCUUCCUGAAAAACAAGGUAAGGUCAUGUUCAUCUUUGAUGGACUGGAUGAAUAUCGCUUUGAAUUGAACUUUAAAGAGGAGGAUGAUGGAUUAACAGAUGUUGAUAAGGAAAUGACAGUGAGUAAGAUAGUAACACAUCUCUUAAAGAGACAGCUGCUUCGCUCUUGCCUCAUCUGGAUCACAUCCAGACCAGCAGCAGCCAGUCUGAUACCCCGAGACUACAUUGAUCAGGUGACUGAGGUGCGAGGAUUCAGUGAUGAGCAGAAGGAGCAGUACUUCAUCAAAAACAGCAGUCCUGAGGUUGCUGGAAACAUCAUCGGCCACAUCAAGAAAUCCAGGAGUCUGUAUAUCAUGUGCCACAUCCCCGUCUUCUGCUGGAUCUCUCUCACUGUUCUUCAGCCUCUGCUGGGUCAAGAGAGCAAUGAAAAAACACCCACAACUCUCACAGAGAUGUACACCAGCUACUUACUGUCUCAAAAGCAACAGAUGAAAGAAAAAUACAGCAACGAUUCUGAACCUGAAGCUAAGGCCUGGUCUUUUGAAGACAUUGUUCUGAAGCUUGGGAAACUGGCCUUUAAACAGCUGCAGGAAGGACAACUGAUUUUCUACAAAACAGAUCUGGAGAAGUGUGGCCUAGAUGUCAAGGAAGGCUCUGUGUUCUCAGGAUUAUGUACUCGAAUGUUUCAGGAGGAAAACCCCAUUUCAGGGGAACAGGUUUACAGUUUUGUUCAUCUCAGCGUUCAGGAGUUCAUCGCUGCUCUCUAUGUGUUUUUCACUUACAAAGACAAGAAAGCAAAUCUAUUUCUUGAUUCCUGGAAAAAGGAACUGACAUGGAAACUCUCUACAAAGACCCUGUUUAAACUUCAUAAGGAUGCAGUCAAGAAGACUUUACAAAGCAAGAACGGACACCUGGACCUUUUCCUCCGGUUCCUGCUGGGUCUCUCUCUGAAGUCUAAUCAGAGUGACCUGAAGAAGUUCCUGCCAGGACUGAAGCUCAAAACUGAAAACAUCAAAGACACAACUGACUAUAUCAAAAAGAAAAUAGAGGAGGAGAAAUCAGCAGAGAGGACCAUCAACCUCUUCUACUGUCUGAAUGAACUGAAGGAUGACUUUGUGGAGGACCUCCAGAAGAGUCUGAGCUCUGGAUAUCUUUCAUCACAGGAUCUGUCCUCUGCUCAGUGGUCGGGUCUGGUGUUUGUGCUCCUGAUGUCAGAAGAGACUCAAGAGAAGUUUGAACUGCAGAAAUACAGAAGAUCUGAUGAAGCACUGAUGAGACUGAUACCAGUGGUCAAAAACACCACAAGAGCACUGUAA